CAUCAGGUGAACAUGCAGUAUGCAAAAAUAUUCGGAUAUUUUGUAAAAAUAAUAAUUAUCAAACAGUUUAUUGCCUUCUUUAAUUUUACCAUUCGCAAUGUGCACUGACCGUUUCGUGGCAUUUACACAAGACACCCCUUACUUUAUCAUACAGAAGCAGGUUAAGAGCGUGAACUCGACUUAAGGCAGCAGCAAGGUUUGAUCGGAAAUGAGUUAGAAGAGUCAGGGGCACGGGACCGGGAGACCUAUAGUCACGAGGUUGCUAUCCUCAGAUUUCUUGCAUGGCGGAAAUUAAGAGAAGCCGACUGCUGGACCAGAAUAGAAGAAAAAAACCCGUCACCAUGAUCACUUUAUCGUGCUCCAGGAUCGUUCUUCUGAGGAUAAGGUCAAAGAUGAAAUGGAUAACGACAUAGACCUUAAACGAAGACUUACUUCAGUCAGUGGCCUAACAACGAUAGAGUUGACUGUGAUAUGCGACUUCGAUUCAAACUUUGGAAGGAUUUUGUGCCAUUCUUCAUUUUGUUUAGCAGCGGCGACGCUAUGUAACAGGGUGAGUGAAGUUGAUCCCAUGAUGAUUAUAAUGUUUUGAACGAAUUAGAAAUGCUAAGACUAUCUGAUGAUGGUGAAUGACUCUAACUUGAGUUUGUUAUGGAUCAAUUUAGGCGGUUUGCUGUCAACACAUUUACACCUCCGCCCGGAUGUUCUAAGCGUCUUUAACUGCUAGACAAUGACAUCGCACAUGGGAUCUUCCUAAAAAGUGUAGCAAUUUCCUGGCCAAAUUCCAACUAUUGAGAAGGGGUUUUGGAUUUCCCCUCCCGCCUAUAGCUUAAACGAAUCCCUCGAGUGAGGCACUGUCAGAUUGCUGAAUAAUUCAUGCAACUCAACCAUAUUCAGCAAGGACGGGGACUAACAGGAGACAUUAUUAAAAACGUCAUCUUUGUCAAUUUGGUAACGUUCGUUUUCUUGUUAAUGUGUAAAGGGUAUUAAAUAUUAUGGCGAAAUUUAACCCAUUUUAGAUAAUCGGCUGCGACAGACAAAUUUGUUUGCACCGUUCUAUCGACAAGGUCGAAGUUUUUACUCAAGAAACAAAUCAAGAACGUUCAAGCCAAUGUGAAAAUCAGGGCAACAUUGAUGAUGGUGACAACGAAAUAGUCUAUCUGAGAGUACAUCAACUCGGAUGUAGGUUUCUGGACCAAUCCGGAUGGGUUGCAGAAGAUCACAGUUUCACAAUGAGAUUGUGGUUGAAAUUACGAAUAUGGCGAUCAGCAUUUGGACGAUACAUCUACCUUGGAUUACUAGGAUUUAUCAUUAUGUUUGGCAUGAGGAGGACUGGUGGAGAUCGAAACCAGAGAAGACCAUGGAGAUCAAUUACUCCUGUUGGAGAAGAUUCAGGACUAUUCAUGAAAAUGGCGUCAGUUAAUGCCAUCGUAGUCGAAAGAGAGAAUCGCCGGCAAAGACCAUUUGUUUAUCAUAAAGUUGAGGACAAUGAUCAUACAAGAUUGAUACGUGAUGCAACAAGUAUGCCUAGAUUAAUUAGAGACCAAGAAGGUUUGAAAAGUGACAAAACUCAUUCUGAUGAUGUAUACAACAAAGGUACAUACUUGUUGGAACCAACUGAUUCUCAUACCUACACCCAGUUGAACACACCGCGUAAUAUUUGCUUUGACCAUCGAGAAAUGCCGCGACGGGUGCCCAUGAUUAUAUUUGUGACAUCUGCUCUGGGUAAUCUGAAAAGAAGAGACCACAUUCGUGUGACGUACGGCAACAGCCAAGCCUGGGAAGUAUCAGAUGAACCCCUCGUCAGGACAGUGUUCAUGUUGGGAGCAACUGCCGAUCCGGUCCUGCAAGCCAAGAUCAACGCCGAGGCUCGUAUCUAUGGCGAUAUUGUCCAAGAAGAUUUCAUUGAUAGCUACUUAAACCUGACAAGGAAGACUGUCAUGGGUUUGAAAUGGGUAACGGAGCACUGUCAACACGCCAAGUUUGCCAUGAAAAUCGACGACGAUACGAUGCUCAACAAGGCUCGUAUCCUGGCAUUCAUCCUUAGGGCGCCCUCUCAUGGAGUCGUCAUCGGGAACCUGAACCUUGACAUGCCGGUUGUCCGAAGUAGGGUCGGGGACUGGGGGAAGUACCACAUCUCUGAGGAUUUUUAUCCUGCUUCGACGUACCCACCGUACCUCUCGGGUACAGCGUUCAUCAUGUCCACAGAUCUGGUGGAUUUGACGUUUCGUACCGCUUUGUCCACACCCCUGUUCCCCUGGGAGGACGUCUUCAUGGGCAUGUGUUGGAAAAAGAUUGGGGUCAAUCUCAUGCACGAUUACCAUUUUAUGUGUACUUCGAACACGGAAGAGUGUUACGGUGACAAAGAGUGGCCCAAGUAUACCGUCUUUGUUAAUUUACCUGCAGAGUAUAUGGUCCGGGUCUGGGUCGAAAGUACUGUCUACGCCGAAAAGCAGCUGUCAGACACUUGGAAAUAAUAUCUAUUACUUUAUGUUGCCAUAUACACUCUUAAUUCCAAUGAUUUGAAAUAAAUCCAGAUUGGCUGUGAUAGUACGACCAGCCGACUAUUAGAUAUAUAUUUAAACAGUAAAUUCAAAAUUCGGCAGGUCACUAUUCACAGCCGAUAUGGAUUUAUUUUAAGUCCUUAGAAUUUAGAGUGUACUAAAUAUGAUACGAAAUGCUGGAAGUAUUUUUAUUGCUGAUGACCUAAAUUCUAUAUGAAAUACAUAGAGCAUGCGUUCCUAUUGAUGAAAAAAGGGCACGUAUUUGAAUAAAAUUUUCAAUCACUGGAAUGUAUAUUUAACUAUCAAUGACACUGACCACCUGUUGAAAAGUACAUCAUAUUUUGUGGAAAAAAACUAAGUUGUUUGUUUUAUUUUUAUGUGCAAUACUAAAUGAAUCCAUCGAGGAUCAAGUUUAUGCGAUACUACUGAAAUAAAUGUAUGAAAUGUAUGAAAAUUAUGAAGUCAUACGAAUAAGAAUAUUUGAAAGAAAAUAUUAUUUUCUGUUUCAACUCAUACCCGUAUUCACUGCAAUGAAUACUUAAAGGACAAGUCCACCCCAACAAAAACUUGAUUUGAAUGAAAAGAGAAAAAAUCAGUAAGCAUAACACUG